AUGCUCAAAUUCCCAGAGAACCGCAAUGACUGGAGCUUGGACAUCGUUAGUUUGCUCGCCGUUAUCGGCGAGAGCGCCAUGUCUGCGCACUCCCAACCGCUGACAGCUUCGAUUCUCUGUCUUCUCCCUCGUAUCCUGCCUGCCCCACAGGCGCUCUUGAGGCAUGCCCGGCCAACACGUCUACCAUCUAUUCCCGCGCACAUUGUCAGUAUUCACUCCGGAACGCUCCUCGUUGAGCUAAACCAUUUCGCAAACCUCAUCUACAACAUUAAUCUUCCCAGCUUUUCCGUUCACGAAAUCCGGAUUAAGCAUAGAGAGGGCUACGAGGACACACUACAUGAUGAGAAGAAGCUUAGAAACCGCAUCUUUAGAACGCCAAAGGGUGUAAUUCAUGCGAGGCCGUUUUCACCUUUAUUUUUUCUCUCGGUUGCAUCAUUCUUGCUCUCUGUCGGCUUGUGUGCCUGGGCUGUUCUACUCGAAGAUGGCGUUGCCGUUAUUGCUAUUGUGGUAGUGUCAAUCGCUUCCAGCAUCAUCGGGUUGUCCUCCAUGUGGCACCCAAACUUGACGGUGCGGAAACGCAAAACAGUGGUGCCAGAUGGCGACCUUGUAAUUCGGACGAGACAGGGCGCUUUCGUCAUAAUACGGUGCACAGAAGAGGUCGCUCGCGAACUCUACACGGGAACAGAAGAAUGCAGCUAUGUCGUUGGCGACCAAGUCUUCCGCGCCUUAGUUGGAGUAGGCACAUUCCUGCUCAUGAGCGCUGUCAUUUUGAUGGGGAAUGCCACCUGGACCAUGCAAGCGGCACUCGGUUGUUCAUAUGUCCUUCUCAACGGAUGCUAUCAGAUUGCUGCACUUUUCCCCAUGAGAUGGCAUUGGAACCUUGUACGUUAUGAUCUAGAAGAGAUCAAGCAACUGCAAGCACAGACUUAUACGCAAGCUUUGUGGAAUGCCAUCCGCGUGUCUCAGUUCACUAAUUGGGUACGGGUGAGCCAUGCUGCGCCUAAUUCUGAGUCAUGGAGAGCUUGGAUCGAUCUCGCCGGGGAUAAUAUACAUAGCCCUAAGUGGGACGCUCAGAAGGUGCUGGAUCAACUGCUGAAUGCGGAGAAGAGCGAGGCUGGAUUUCAACCUGCUACAGAUGUUUUUACGACUGAGGAAUCCUGCUCCUGUAAGGGCAAUGAUUGA